CUUAUCGGAGGCUGGACCCACCUUCAAAUUAUUUCUGGAGCACAGUUUCGUCCGCGGACAUCAAGGUUCCUUCUAGCAGCUCCCCAAUUCCGAACCUCAUCAAGCACCUGUCAAGAUGCUGUACCUCGUUGGUCUCGGUCUCUCCGAUGAGACGGAUAUUACCGUCAAGGGCCUCGAAGUUGUCAAGAAGGCCGAGCGUGUCUACCUCGAGGCUUACACCAGCAUCCUGCUUGUUGACCAGGCUACUCUUGAAUCCUACUAUGGCCGCCCCAUCGUCGUCGCCGACCGCGAAAUGGUCGAGUCCAACAGCGACGAGAUCCUGCGGGACGCGGACAAAGUCGACGUAGCCUUCUGCGUCGUCGGCGACCCGUUCGGCGCCACCACGCACACGGACCUGGUGCUGCGCGCGCGCGAGCUGGGCAUCCAGGUGCGCACCGUGCCCAACGCCUCCAUCAUGAGCGGCAUCGGCGCCGCGGGGCUGCAGCUGUACAAUUUCGGCCAGACGGUCAGCAUGGUGUUCUUCCUCGACAACUGGCGGCCCGCGAGUUUUUACGAUCGCAUCAAGGAGAACCGCUCCAUCGGCCUGCACACGCUCGUGCUGCUGGACAUCAAGGUCAAGGAGCAGAGCCUGGAGAACAUGGCGCGCGGCAGGAAGAUCUACGAGCCGCCUAGGUAUAUGACGGUCGGCACUUGUGCGCAGCAGAUGUUGGAGAUUGAGGAGGAGAAGCAGGAGGGCGUCUAUGGUCCCGAAAGUCUGGCCAUUGGCUGCGCCCGUGUCGGUGGAAAGACGGAGAAGUUCGUGUCGGGCACGCUCAAGGAGCUCUGCGAUGCUGAUGAUCUGCUGGGUCCCCCGCUGCACAGCUUGAUUCUCUUGGGACGGAGGACGCACGAGCUCGAGCACGACUUUGUGAGGGAGUUUGCUGUAAACAAGGAGAACUGGGACAGGAUAUGGAAGGCUGAUUACUGUGGAAAGCAGUAAAUCAAGUUUUUCUUCUUUCAAAACGUUCGAUUAAUUUAACUUGUUACUAAUAUUGCGCCCGACUCCAGUUUAGUCGUGAACGAGUCGACAGUGGUGUUUCCAGCCUGUUGUCAUCUCGUCUUUCUAACUAUGAAGCUAGCUAGGCACAUUCAUUAUUAUCAUCAACUCAUAAAUCAUCGAAUCCCACUACAAUUCGACAACUUAGUGCGACGACCUCCAAGACCGAACCUCCUGCUCGCUAAUCUCCCGCAACUUGUUCACCGACGCCGGCUUCCCCGUAAUAGCGCCCUGCGCCACAUCCGCCACCUUGCCGACAAUGUU